CUAAGGAAAAUUCGACAAGAAAAAAAGGCCAAACCUCAAAUUUUAAGGAAAACAAGGGCUCUAGCCCUUGUACCAAGGAAACGCAAGAUGAUAGACACAGGAGCAGAAAGAAAACGCGUCAAAACGCAAGAUAGCAGUCGCAAAAAUCAAAAUAAAGAGAACGAAAGCUCAGAUUUCACUAACAACCAGAAAGUUGUCAAGGAACAGAAAAGCCACACAGGAGGAACUCUUACAGAUUUAACUAGUCAUAAUACAGACUGGGCAGAGGAUACGGAAGCUGCAUACAGGAAGGGAAAGAUAUCACUUCAGAAAGAUAUGGUUCAAAGUGCACAAUCAUCCUUGAACGAGAAAGCGGAAAAUUCUACGGGAAUUAAUAUGGAAAGUACUGGAAUAAACCCAGACACAUCAUUGAGCGAAAUUGAGUCAUGUGACUCUGAAGGAUCUGCAGAAACAGAUCUGGAGACAAUGCGUAUAGAAGAAGAAAAAGCCAAUGGAACAACAGCACAUAAAGUGAAUGAUAAUAUAGAGGACUCACACUCAUAUUCAGGAGAUAACCCAUAUAUAGAGCCGAAUAGGGCAAGAAAGGAUAAUGAUGGAAUCGGCAAAACAAAUGAUGUAGAAAAAGCAACAGAAUCAACAUCAACAAAGAAUAUAGAGAUAACAGAAGAAAACACAGAAAAGGAGAUUGAGCAUGAAAUGGACCUGAGUGUACAGAGAACUCCCAGUAGAGCGGAAACUCAAAAUCUACAAGAAAUUACCCCCAAUGACUCUGCAGAAGAUCAGGAAAUGAAUAAUCCAAAAGAUGAGGAAUUUACACUAGUAACUCGCAAAAAGAGAAGUAUGAAAUCCUCAUCUGUAACAGACCUACACUCUGAGAGACACAAACCAUACAAAAGAGGAGGAGGCAAUAAAGGUCAUCGUGCCUCUAUUACUAAAAUGUAUGAACAGGCCUCAAAUUCCAAAGUUAAUACCACUAAAACUAUUUUAAUCCCAUUAACACAAAGCGCUAGAGAUACAAAACUAGAAGCACCUAUGGAAAGACAUUAUAAACAAGAUAGGAAGGCAAAUUGGGGAUUUGUCAUGAAAGCUGCACUAAACAGAAGACCAGUUAAACUGAAGGGCUGGCCAGAACAUUGGAGGCCUUAUGUAAAUGCUUGGAAACGUGUGAAUGGUAGAAUCGAAGGUAGCGCUGAAAGCUGGCCGUGGAAUAGGGAAAGCUUAUCCAUUGCGAACGCCUCUGGUGAAGAAUUUUCAGUUAAAAGCAUGUCCAGAUACUUAAAGGAAAUUAAACUUCUCAACAUUAAGAACCGGAGUCAGCUGAUAGACGAGGCAAAAAAGAAUAGCUGGAAGUGGAUGAACAUUAAGUGGGUCCCUAAUGUCAAAAAGAAUAUAUACUGGCGCCUGCAACAUAAAGCCCUUCCACUGGGUUAUAGACUCAAGUAUAUCAACCCUGAGGACCCAGGUGAAUGUCCAAGUUGUCCUAGUACACUACAAACGAUAGAUCAUUUUGCUAUCGACUGCCCAACAAGUAAAAAAAUUUGGAAUCUUGCGCUGGAGUUGGUAACUCCUGUCAUCAAUUUGGAAAGGCCAAUCAAUUUAGAUGCAAUGUUCAAUGAUCAGUACACGGGUAACGUGCAAUUAAGAAACUGGAUAUAUAUCAAUGCCAUAUAUGAGAUAUGGUAUUGGUAUUCGCAGGCAAAAUGGGGCAACCCAAUUCCAGUUCCUAUAUUAGAUUUG